UCAACCUAAAACCCCCCUACUCCCUCUGGUCCGCUGGUCUGCUCCCAGUCUCGUUCAGCUCAGCAGUCUGCUCUUCUUUUUCUGCUCCCUUUAACCAUGGCGACCGCUGCACACUCCCACCUCGUCUCCCACUCUCCAUCAUCCCUUUGCAAAUCCUUAAGGUACCCUCCGAACCUCUUCUCCCUUAAAUCCAUUUUAGCCAUCAAGCCCACCUCAAGAACCUUCAGCCUGAGAGCACUUCUGUCAACAACUGCCUCAGAGCCAGAAACCCAGAAGUUUCAGCACUGCUUUACAAAAUCCGAUGAUGGGUUUUUGUACUGCGAGGGCCUUAGGGUUCAAGAUGUCAUGGAUUUUGUAGAAAGACGACCCUUUUAUCUGUAUAGUAAACCCCAAAUUACUCGAAAUGUUGAGGCUUAUAAGGAUGCUUUGGAGGGAUUGAGUUCGAUUAUUGGCUAUGCGAUUAAGGCUAAUAACAAUCUCAAGAUUUUGGAGCAUCUGAGGCACUUGGGUUGUGGGGCGGUUUUGGUUAGCGGAAAUGAGCUCAAGUUAGCUCUCCAUGCUGGCUUUGAUCCCACGAAGUGCAUCUUUAAUGGAAAUGGCAAGCUGUUGGAGGAUCUAGUACUAGCUGCUGAAGCAGGUGUCUUUGUAAAUGUUGAUAGUGAAUUUGAUUUAGAAAAUAUUGUUGCAGCCGCAAGGAUUGCUGGGAAGAAGGUCAAUGUGCUAUUGCGUAUUAAUCCCGAUGUCGAUCCACAGGUCCAUCCUUAUGUUGCUACUGGAAACAAAAACUCAAAAUUUGGUAUCAGGAAUGAGAAGCUGCAAUGGUUUCUAGAUGCUGUAAAGUCUCAUCCUAAUGAACUAAAGCUUGUUGGGGCCCAUUGCCAUCUUGGUUCUACCAUUACUAAGGUAGACAUUUUCAGAGAUGCGGCAGUCUUAAUGGUUAACUACAUUGAUGAGAUUCGAGCCCAAGGAUUUCAAAUUGAUUACCUAAACAUUGGAGGUGGUUUGGGAAUUGAUUACCAUCAUACAGGGGCUAUCCUUCCCGCACCUAGAGAUCUUAUUGACACUGUUCGGGAGUUGGUGCUUUCACGAAACCUCAAUCUCAUCAUUGAACCUGGCAGAUCACUUAUCGCAAAUACUUGUUGCUUGGUUAAUCGCGUUACUGGAGUCAAAACUAAUGGGACGAAAAAUUUCAUUGUAAUUGAUGGCAGCAUGGCUGAACUUAUCCGUCCUAGUCUGUAUGAUGCUUAUCAACACAUAGAGUUGGUUUCUCCUCCACCAAGCGAUGCUGAGGUUUCCACGUUUGAUGUUGUGGGUCCUGUCUGUGAGUCUGCUGAUUUCUUGGGAAAGGAUAGGAAACUUCCAACCCCUUCAAGGGGUGCCGGCAUGGUAGUUCAUGAUGCAGGUGCUUACUGCAUGAGUAUGGCAUCAACAUACAAUCUCAAGAUGCGCCCUCCAGAAUACUGGGUUGAAGAUGAUGGCUCAGUAUCCAAAAUCAGGCACGCGGAGACAUUUGAAGACCAUUUGAAAUUUUUCAAGGAUCUUUGAAUUGUAGUAAUAGUAGUAUUGCCUGCUGGAGUGCUGUACCAGUUUUAGCAUAUUGCGCUAGGAGGUUGCUUCUGUAGCUAUCUAUAUAGGCUGACAAUUUUUCAAGAGCCCCUGGUGUUGCAUUUGUUGUGUACCUUAACAAUUUUAUGGAUGGCAUCCGCAAGUCAGUUGAUCAAAUCAAAGGUUGUUUUCUGUU